CUAAUCAAUGUAUUUCGAUUAGUUUAAUUCAAUUUACUAUCUUAGAUAAAUACUGUUUUUUUCAAGCAGUCCACGUUUUGGGGAUGGCCAUUCUCUUUACACGUGUUGCUGUUCAGCUGAAGAAAUACUCGCUGCAAGUUUGAGGGAGGCUAAGCGGUGCUGGGAACAGCCCCUAAUCAGCAAGCUUGAGGGAGGCUAAGCGGUGCUGGGAAUAGCCCCUAACGUCUAUGGGAAUAGCCGGCCAGGCAACCGUCCAGCAGUGCGAAAACUCACUCAGAUCCCGCAACUUUGACAGACAUUGUCUGUUUUUGAUCGUUGAGAUUAGUCGUCACGUUUGUUGUUAGCCUUUUUUACCUAGACCACAAGGUUUAUUUGUUUUUUUGAUACUACGGAUCAGGCCCGAAUAAUAUCGGAUGUGAUGUCCAGCUCGCCGCUGUCCAAGAAGCGUCGCGUGUCAGACUCCGAGACGAAGACGGGAUCCCAUUGCUCCUCCUCUAACUCUGUCAGAACUGAACUGUCUCACACACCCGCCAACGGCAUGGCUAAGAAUGGCAAUGAUGCUGAGAUUGAUGAAGGCCUGUACUCCAGACAGCUCUACGUGUUGGGCCAUGAUGCUAUGAAACGCAUGCAGAGCGCCAAUGUGCUGGUCUCAGGGCUGAGAGGGCUGGGCGUGGAAAUCGCUAAGAAUGUCAUCCUGGGAGGAGUCAAGAGUGUUACCCUGCACGACCAGGGACAGGCUGAAUGGAGAGACCUCUCUUCACAGUUCUACCUGCAUGAGGAGGACCUGGGGAAGAACAGGGCUGAGGUGUCUCGGACUCGCCUGGCUGAACUCAACAGCUACGUACCUGUAGUAGCAUACACUGGAGCGCUCACCGACGACUACCUGACUCAGUUCCAGGUUGUAAUCCUGACCAACUCCCCCCUAGAGGAGCAGCAGAGUAUUGGAGAGGUCUGUCACAGUAACAGCAUCAAGCUGGUGAUCGCUGACACACGGGGACUCUUCGGACAGCUCUUCUGUGACUUUGGAGAGGAGAUGCUGGUGAUUGAUACCAACGGAGAGCAGCCUCUCUCUGCCAUGAUCUCCAUGAUCACCAAGGACGCUGCAGGCGUUGUGACGUGUCUAGACGAGGCUCGCCACGGGUUUGAGAGCGGAGACUUUGUGACCUUCACCGAGGUGCAGGGCAUGACGGAGCUCAACGGGUGCCAGCCAGUAGAAAUCAAGACCCUGGGCCCAUACACCUUCAGUAUCUGUGACACCACAGGGUUCUCUGACUACGCCAGGGGAGGCAUCGUCUCUCAGGUCAAGAUGCCCAAGAAGGUGGCCUUCAAAUCCCUGACUGCAUCCAUGGCAGAGCCAGAGUUUGUUCUGACAGACUUUGCUAAGUUUGAGCGACCAGGACAGCUUCACCUGGGCUUCCAGGCUCUACACAGCUACCAGAGGAAACACCGCAGGCUGCCCAAGCCCUGGUGCCAGGCUGAUGGAGAGGAGCUGGUGUCUCUGGCUAAAGAGGUGAACUCCAGCCAGACGGGGUCAGCUAAGGUGGAGGAGCUGGAUGACAAGCUCAUUAAGAAACUAGCCUUCGUCUCCGCCGGCGACCUGGCACCACUCAACGCUUUCAUUGGUGGACUGGCCGCGCAGGAAGUUCUGAAGGCGUGUACAGGGAAGUUCAUGCCCAUGAUGCAGUGGCUGUAUUUUGAUGCUCUGGAGUGUCUGUCUGAGGAAGAGGGAGGAGCCAUGCUCACUGAGGAGGACUGUGCCCCUAGGAACAGUCGUUAUGACGGCCAGAUCGCUGUGUUUGGCUCCCAGCUGCAGGAGGAGCUGGCUAAACAGCGCUACUUCCUGGUUGGGGCUGGCGCUAUUGGCUGUGAGCUGCUGAAGAACUUUGCCAUGAUCGGAUUGGCCAGCGGGGAGGGUGAGGUCAUCGUGACAGACAUGGACACCAUAGAGAAAUCCAACCUCAACAGACAGUUCCUCUUCAGGCCGUGGGACGUGACCAAGAUGAAGAGUGAGACGGCUGCAGCGGCGGUGAAGCAGAUGAACCCGUCCAUCCGGAUCACGGGACACCAGAACCGCGUCGGGCCCGACACCGAGCGGGUCUACGAUGACGACUUCUUCGAGAGCCUCCACGGAGUCGCCAACGCACUGGACAACGUCGACGCACGGAUGUAUAUGGACCGGCGGUGUGUCUACUACCGUAAGCCCCUGUUGGAGUCCGGUACUCUGGGUACCAAGGGCAACGUCCAGGUGGUGAUCCCCUUCCUGACGGAGUCAUACAGCUCCUCCCAGGACCCCCCAGAGAAGUCCAUCCCCAUCUGCACACUGAAGAACUUCCCCAACGCCAUCGAGCACACACUGCAGUGGGCCCGUGAUGAGUUUGAGGGUCUCUUUAAACAGCCAUCAGAGAAUGCCAUGCAGUACCUCACAGAUCCCAAGUUCCUGGAGAGGACCUUGAAGCUUCCUGGAGCCCAGCCUCUAGACGUGUUGGAGGCCGUCUAUAAGAGUCUGGUGACUGACUGCCCUCGCAGCUGGGCCGACUGUGUCAUCUGGGCUCGGCACCACUGGCAGUGCCAGUACAGCAACAACAUCCAUCAACUACUGCACAACUUCCCCCCAGAACAGCUGACCAGCUCUGGCGCCCCCUUCUGGUCCGGUCCAAAGAGAUGUCCUCACCCGCUAGAGUUCAGCACCAGCAACGACCUCCAUAUGGACUAUGUGAUGGCAGGAGCCAACCUGUUUGCCCGGUCGUACGGCAUGCAGGGCUCUACUGACCGUGUCGGCGUGGCUAAGAUCCUGGACAGCCUAUCUGUGCCCACCUUUGUACCCAGGUCAGGGGUCAAGAUCCACGUCUCCGACCAGGAGCUGCAGAGCGCUAACGUCAACGUCGAUGACAACAGGCUGGAGGAGCUGAAGACUCUGCUACCUGGACCUGAAGCUUCUUCUCAGUUUAAACUCACUGCCAUCGACUUUGAGAAGGAUGAUGACUCUAAUUUCCACAUGGACUUCAUCGUGGCUGCCUCCAACCUGCGAGCAGAGAACUACGACAUUCCCCCUGCCGACAGACACAAGAGUAAGCUGAUAGCUGGUAAGAUCAUUCCUGCGAUAGCGACCACCACGGCGGCGGUCGUGGGUCUGGUGUGUCUGGAGCUCAUCAAGAUCGUUCAGGGACACAAGAAGUUGGAGUCGUUUAAGAACGGCUUCAUGAACCUGGCGCUCCCCUUCUUCACCUUCUCAGAACCCAUCGCUGCUCCCAGCCACAAGUACUAUGAGAUUGACUGGUCACUGUGGGAUCGUUUUGAGGUGAAGGGUCUGCAGCCCAGUGGAGAAGAGAUGACACUCCGACAGUUCCUCGACUACUUCAAGAAUGAGCAUCAGUUGGAGAUCACCAUGCUGUCUCAGGGAGUCUCCAUGCUCUACUCCUUCUUCAUGCCUGCAGCUAAACUCAAGGAGAGGCUGGCGUUGCCGAUGACUGAGAUUGUGACCAAGGUUUCUAAGAAGAAGCUGGGGAAGCAUGUUAAAGCCCUGGUGUUUGAGCUGUGCUGCAACGACCUGACUGACGAAGAUGUGGAGGUUCCCUACGUCAGAUACACCAUCCGCUGAACACACACACACACCGGGGAUGGGGAGACUGAAUCACUGAGGGAGGAGAGGUUUUGGCUUUGGAUCCAUCACUUGGUUAAAAUGGUUAUUGGAGCCCUGAUUGUGUUUAAGGAUGCGUCUAAAAUGGCACCCUAUUCCCUAUAUAGUACGCUACUUUUGACCACUCAAAAGUAUUGCAUUAUAUAGCGUGCCAUUCGAGAUGCACAUAGUUUUACAAACAAGCCCCUAUGAACUGAUGUGCGUGGGGAGGUUAGGGGCUGUGGGGAGGUUAGGGGCGUGGGGAGG